CGCAGACACAUUACAUUUCUAAAAAGGAAAUUGUGAAAUAGGGUUCUCGGUGAAAGAGAAAUAUACAUCGUAAUUACUCAAUCAUACUAUGCGUGUGUAAGGAAUGUCUAGGAGUGCUUGCAAAUUUAGAAAGGAGGAACUACUCUGCAUCUCUGUUCCAAGAUUUAUUUGGCGUUCAGAGCAGUAAAUUCUUAGCUUAAGGUAAUCUUUCAUUGAAAUUGAGUAGCGGCGCAAGAACAAUGAACAUGGAGGAGCAACAACAGGAUGUUUUUCCUUCUGCUGAGAACAGUGUAUUAUGUACGCUCACAGACCCAGAUGGCAAUGAACUUGGACAGCAGUUUCAUCUUCCACAGAACAUUACCCCACCUCAGUUGGGCGCUAUCGUAAACUCUCUACUAAAAAAUGAAGAGAAGCUUCCAUAUGCAUUCUAUAUUUUUGACCAGGAACUUGUGGGUCCUCUCGGGACAUAUUUGUUGAAGAAUAAAGUUUCUGUGGAGCAAGUAUUGCGAAUAGUUUACCAGCCCCAAGCUGUUUUUCGUAUUCGACCAGUUACUCGGUGCUCUUCUACAAUUGCUGGUCAUGCAGAGGCAGUGCUAUCUGUCUCUUUCAGCCCAGAUGGCCGUCAGUUGGCCAGUGGUUCUGGUGAUACAACUGUUCGAUUUUGGGAUCUUAACACGCAAUCUCCAUUAUACACAUGUACAGGGCACAGAAAUUGGGUUCUUUGCAUUGCAUGGUCUGCAGAUGGGAAACAGGUUGUCAGUGGGAGCAAAGAUGGAGAUCUCCGAAUUUGGGACCCAGAGACAGGGAGGGCAUUAGGAAAUCCACUUAAUGGCCACAAGAAGUGGAUCACUGGGCUUGCUUGGGAACCUAUACAUCUACAAGCCCCUUGUCGCCGCUUUGCCAGUUCAAGUAAAGAUGGAGAUGUUCGUGUUUGGGAUACAUCCUUAAGGAGGUGUGUGAUGUCCCUCACUGGUCAUACACUUGCUGUGACUUGUGUAAAGUGGGGUGGUGAUGGGAUGAUCUAUUCCAGUUCACAGGAUUGCACAAUCAAAGUUUGGGAUGGUUCUAAUGGGAAGCUGGUCCGUGAGUUAAAGGGACAUGGACACUGGGUUAAUACUCUUGCUCUGAGCACAGAGUAUGCACUUCGAACUGGACCCUAUGACCAUACAGGGAAACAAUAUUCUUCACCUGAAGAAAUGAAAGAGGCGGCACUGGAGAGAUAUAAAAAGGCUAGAAGGGAUGCUCCAGAAAGGCUUGUUUCUGGGUCUGAUGACUUUACAAUGUUUCUUUGGGAGCCCACAUCUAGUAAACAUCCAAAGGCACGAAUGACUGGUCAUCAACAGCUUGUCAACCAUGUUUACUUUUCACCUGAUGGGCAAUGGGUAGCAAGUGCCUCUUUCGAUAAAUCUGUAAAGUUAUGGAAUGGCACUACAGGGAAGUUUAUUACAACAUUCCGAGGGCAUGUUGGCCCAGUCUAUCAGAUCAGCUGGUCUGCAGAUAGCAGGCUUCUGUUAAGUGGAAGCAAGGAUUCAACAUUGAAGAUCUGGGACAUGCGGACACUGAAACUCAGAGAAGAUCUUCCAGGUCAUGCAGAUGAGGUGUUCUCUGUUGAUUGGAGUCCUGAUGGUGAGAAGGUAGCUUCUGGAGGAAAAGAUCGUGUUCUGAAACUUUGGAUGAGUUAAUGAUGUGGAAGCUUUAUCACAGACUCGAUUAUUAGUUGUGCAAGAAGUUCAGAACCCUGGUCAAGCUGAUUUUAUGGAAGAUCACAAUGGUCGCUCUAGUUCUUUAAGCAUUGGGCUAAGGGUGAUCUGGUGGAUUAUUCAUGGGGCCUUUCCAUUGUUGUAAAGUAUACCAACAUAAGUACCAAAAACAUUAGCAAGGGGUUGACAAUCUAGAGGCAAGUCAACAUAACUGUUGACUAUUCUAUUCAAUUAUAGAGGUGAGUCAAUGUUUAAGUAUUCUUCAUGAGCACAUCUGAAUGUUCAUGAAAAGCACGUGUAUUUUGAUGAACACAAAGUUGAAGCGGCGCUUUUUUUUUAAACACAAGUGUUGGAUCAUAAUGCUUGGUAAUAUUGUUUUAAAACUAGUCUAUUGUAUUUUGAUUAAGAAAAUUUUGGUUUGAUGUUGAUCUGGCUGAUAUUUUCAAAACAACUUUGGUGUGGUUAUGGAUCAAAUAUAUUAUUUCGACUUUGAGCA